AUAACGACUGAUAAGAAUUUAAUAGCUAAUUACGAUUUAAAAUUCCAUUCAAUUGUUUGUGAUUCAAUAUUUCUCGUAUAUAAUGUAGCAAAAAAAUUACCAUCGGAUUCAAAUAAAAUUUUUUUAUUAUCUAUUGAAAAAAUUUUUUCGCCAUCUAUUGAAAUAUUUAUAUCCUAUUGCUCAAAUAUUUAGAUAUAUUACGUAUAAUUUAGAAAAUCUUUUAUUAGAAGUACUAAUAAAAUAUUAUUUCGAGAGCAUUACAAUUAUAGCUAUAACAAUUUUAUACUUUAAAUAAAUAAUAAUGAUUUCAUUCUAUGAUUUAUUUUUUAUAUCGCAUAACCUAAGUGUUUGAUUUCCAAUAAUAUUUUAAUUAAAUUUUUAACAAUAUAAAAAAAUAUAUUUUUAACAAUGGCAACCUAUACAUUGAAUAGAUUAUCUGUUUUUUUUCAAACUAUAAGAGGUCAAAAUAGGUCUUUUUUUUAUUGGGUUACUGUUGUAUUCAACAGAGUUGAUGCUGACCGUAUAAAAGAAAUUGGUCCUGACCGUGCUUGUGCAGAAUGGCUUUUAAGAAAUGGAGCAUUCGUUAGAUGGAAAAAUUUUUCUGAACAAUUAACUGAUUAUAAUGCAUUACCAUCUCAUGGAAAUUAUUACAUUGAAGCUAUUGAAGCAAAUAAUGCUGGCAUAUGUGAUGUUGGAUUCCCACAUUUUGAGGGAUGCAAAUAUAUAAAAGAUUUAAAAUUUGAAGAAUGCAAAUAUAUUAAUAAUAAUGCUUUACCACAUUUAUCACUUCUUCAAGAUUCAUUAAUUAAUUUGGAAAUUAUAAGAUGUAAAAGUAUUGAUGAUAAUGGUCUACGUGAAUUGAAAAUACUUAAAAAUUUGAAACAGUUAAAAAUUAAAGGAUUACCAGCUGUCACAAAUGAUAUUAUUUAUAAAGAACUUACUGAAGCUUUACCCAAUUGUAAAAUCGACAUUGAAUAGAGAUUUAUAUUUUAAUAUUAAUUAAUUUAUUUUUCACAAAUGUUUCAAAAAUAUAUAUGCAUGAUGAUAAAGUGUGUGAUAUAAGAAAUAAAAUAUAAAUAAAAUAAAAA